AUGGAGUUUUAUCAAACAAAAGAUCGAUUACAAGAAAUUGCAACCAUUGAUUUUCGAAUUUUAACUGCUCAUUAUGCAAAAUAUCAGAGCUUUGAAGAAAAUCAUCGACAGAAACUUGCCAAAACAAUAAUUUAUAGCAUUUUUGAAGCUGACAUUGACAAAAUACUUACAAAAGCUGAUUUUAAGUAUCUUGCUGCUUUGGUUGUUGAAUUAUUUCCAACAGAAACAAUCGGAACAUAUUAUGUUCCCAGUCACAAAGGAAGUUCGCCAACCGGAAAACUAUUUUCAUGCUAUCGAAACUUGAGAAACACAUUAGCUCAAGUUGGACUCAUUUCAAGAGAUACAAGAAAUAAUCUUCAACCUUCUACUACAAUUGAUGCUUUUCCUGAUAGUCCAGGUGUGGGAGACGAGUCUGAUAAUAACAUUCUUGAAGGAAUUAAUACUUUACGAUUGGAUGCGAAUAAGAAAUUUCCUCAUAUUGAAAAUAUUGAUGUCAAGAAAUCGAUCUCUUCAAUCGCGCCUAAAAUACUGGAUAAAGUGAAGUUACUACGAAACGAAACCAAAGCUGUUAGUUUAUUGAAGGAGUACUUAAAUGACAAAAAAGUUGAUCAGUCAUUACUUGCAUUGAUCUUAUUGCCGUUUAUCUUCAGUCCAGCUCCAUUCAAGCGUAGUUGGGACGAUUCAGCUUCAACAUCAACUGCAAAACAUAGCAAGGCUGACGCUUAUCGCUACUUUUGUUCUCACUUCAAAACAAAAGAAGAAAUGGGAACAUUCGAUGAAACAUCAACUGUGUCAUCUGCAGAUCCUCUUCCACCAAGAAUUUAUAUUAUCGGUUGCCUUAAAAAAGCACCAACAGCUGUCAUUCUUCUUGAUGAUAUCGAAUAUGAAAUCUCCGAUCCACUCGAUGCUUUCGAUGUUAUGUUCAAGAUUUUCAUAGGACUCAAUCUGAAGUAUCCACGACAAUCGGUAAUUGUCUGGACUUUCAUCGAGCGUUUCGUCUACCGUUUGCACCAAAAUCACAUCAACAAUUCUCAACUUCUCACAAUUAUAAACGAAAUGACAAAUUACGCAGGAAAAACACUUAAUGAGGAUAAAAAUGAAGUAAAACCACAAAAUAAUGAUCGGCAAGAUAAUAUUGGAAUUCAUCAAAAGCUUUUGGAUGAUUUUGAAAUAAUAGCAGAUCAGAAAUAUACAAUUAAAACUAGAAAAGACUUGCACAUAAAAGAGAUUUACAGCAAUAAUCAGGCAGAAAAGAAAAAUUACGAAUCAAGUGCUGACGUAGAAAAAUUAGGAUUUGACCACGAAGAUCCUUUCUAUGUUAAAGAUGAGUUUGAGUUUGUUCUUAAUCAGAGAGAUCAAGAAACACAGACAGACGCAUUCGUAGUUUCCGACAAAAGACAGGAAGAUUCUAAUCAAUCAAAGGAUGAUAAAUUAUUUUGUAUUCUUUAUCCUGAUUUUGUUGAUUUAAGCAAAGUUCAGCUUGGUGAACUUUUAACAGAAAAAAUUCAUAAAAUUGAGAAACUUGAAGACAAAAAUCACAAGUUGGAAGUUGCAAUGAAAGCUCUUCUCUGA